GGUUGGAGGGCUCCUCGUGUCAGCUGCGGGUCCCAGGGCGUCAGAACCCCCGUCCUCCUACAAGAAGAUGAGGUAUUCCGAGAUGCCGCGAGAUAUCUCAUGCGACAGCCUGGCCGCCUUGCGCAUCAAUGAGAGUGUGAUGGAUAGCGAUGAUGAGGAUGAACGAAGUAGUGGUUGUGGCGGCGGGCGUGGGAUGGCGAUGCCCAUGUGUGCCCGUGGUACGUCACCUCCUUCGUCAGUGUAUCGCAAGGUAGUCCAACAGGAGUACGACACACACGACGGCAUGAAGGCACUCACCAAGGCCGCCUACAGCUAUGGGACGCUGCCCCGGAUCCACAGCCAUAAGUCGGCUAGCUUGCCUGCAAGGGGUAAGGAUGCCGACAUGCCCCCUGUGCUCGACCUGCUUCGGGUGGCACCAGAGGACCUGGCUACACAGAUCACCAGGAUGGAUUUUCCUGUAUUCAAAUCUAUCACACCAGAGGAACUAACGUCAUGUGGCUGGACGAAAAAAGACAAAUUGAAGUUAGCACCAAACAUUGUUGAAUUCACACGUAGAUUCAACCACAUCAGCUUCUGGGUCGUGCGGGAGAUCCUGAAUGCUGGGGGCGUGAAGCACCGGGCUGAGAUGAUGGGACAUUUCAUCAAGGUAGCCAAAAAGCUGAAUGAAUUGAAUAACUUCCACUCCCAGUUCGCUAUUGUCAGCGCGCUACAAUCAGCGCCGAUAUAUAGAUUAAACAAGACGUGGGCUGCCCUCUCACGGAAAGACCGGCAGCAGUAUGAGCGGAUGGUGGAGCUUUUCAGCGAUAAAAACAACUGGGAGCAACUCAGGAGUCACGUGAACAGCCUUAAGCUUCCCAUGAUCCCUUAUCUAGGUCUCUUCUUAACGGAUUUGGUGUACAUCGACAUGGCUCACCCUCACUUCGGGGGCCUGGAGUCAGAGCAGAGACAACUGAAGAUGAACAACAUCCUCAGAGUUCUGGCAGAUUACCAGCAGUCUGAUUACUCUGCCCUUCCUCACCUGCAGCAUGUACAGUCGUAUCUGGCUUCUGUCAGAUACAUUGAGGAACUUCAGAAGUUUGUGGAGGAUGACCACUACAAGUUGUCCCUCCAGCUGGAGCCAAACACCCCAAGCAGCAGCCACAGUGCCAGCAAAGAUAGCGUAGCGGAUGCAGCGGGAGGAGUCAGCUCACUCAACCUGUCUCCUGUACGACCUGGGGUGGGGAGACCACCAGCUCCCCCUCCCACACACGGUUGUCCGACUCAUGGGCCCCAGAGCAAGUUUGUGCCAGGCCAUCGCAAGGCUCGGAGCUUAGGGACAAAAUUUCGGAGUAUGAGCCUCCCGCGCAAUCUCCACCGCUCGGAACCCCAGAACCAUGGGGUAGACCGCUUCGG